CGGUGUUUCAUGCUGCGCAAUAAAGAAAGGGCGAAAGACACAGCAACCCAAGAUACACUCCGGAAACCUCUACUCAUCUUGUGACUGGCCUUUGUCCUAAUACACCCAGCAAAACAAUGAGUGUCAAUAACUCAUCCGUUAAUUCGCAUACGCAGCUUUAUGUUGUAAUCAAAACGUUCAAUGCCAGACUCCCAGAUGAGCUCACGAUCCAUGAAGGAGACAUCGUUGACUUAGUGAGCGAUGACAGUGAGUUCGAUGAUGGGUGGUACAUGGGUAAGAAUCUGUCCACGGGGGAGGUUGGCUUGUACCCCAAAGUCUUUACGAGAAUCAAAAGGGAUUCAAACGAGCAGUCUUCUGGACCAAGGCCCUCUUUGUUACGCUCAAGGUCCAGGAAAACGCCACAGGGUAGUCCAAUAUCACCAACUGCGCCAGCACAGUUUGGCAAUAUAAGUGACAGCUCAGCUAGGUAUCACAACAACAACAGCAACAGCAAUAUCAAUAGUGGUAACUACAGCCGUAAUGGAAGCACUAGCAAUGUUAAUAACUCCAUGAAUAGUAAUAAUAGCUAUGGAAACCGCAAAGGAAGUGGGAAUAGCCACUCCAUUCCAGGUAAUGCCUUCAAUAGCGGACCUCCAAAUGGGGUAAACAGGUACGUCAACGAUAUAGACCAAGCCUUAAAAGAGCUCAAAAUGGAUAAAAAAGAGUCUUUUCUCUCCAACACAACUCUCUUUCCAACUUCACGUACUGUAAACAACAACAACAACAUCAACAACAUCAACAGUAAUGGAAACAACAGCAAUGAUAGCAGCCAUAGUAACAUCAACCACCGUAAUAGCAAUAGCAAUAACAAUAUCAAUAACAAUAGCAACAGAUACACCAAUACUUCUUCGAACCCUCUUAACCCCUCCAAUGUCACGACCUGGACUCCAGAGCAAGUAUAUCAAUAUUUCAGCAGAAUCGUUGACAAUGAAAGUGCACAAAAGUUCAUAACUCAUAAGAUAUCAGGUAACAUAUUGCUUGAACUAGAGCUAUCAUAUUUGAAGGAGCUAGAUAUAUCGUCAUUCGGAACGAGGUUUGAAAUAUAUAAGGAGAUCGAGCAUUUAAGACGGGCAGCAGCAAACCCCAAGCAUUAUGCUGAUGAAGCACCGCAAGUAAACGACGAAUUUUCUAAUGUUUCACAGGACUCUAAUUAUUUGCCUGAAAACUAUAGAGAUCUUUCACACUCCACAAGUCACACAGAUCUGAACUUAGUUAAGGAUAAUGAUUCCAGCGAUUCCUUUAUACCAGUGAAAACCAAAUCUCAUACUGCUAGUGUCAACACAAAAAGGUUUAGUUACAAUCAAACACAGCGUCCGCAGUCUGCCGUUUUCGAACGCUCAAGUCGCUUUUCAAGGUCCACUCCAUCGCCUUUGCGUGCACCAAGCUCAACAGGGUCGCCGUAUGAGUCACAGUCUGACCUUCAAAACGUGUACGAGGAGCAAAGCGUUACCGAUGAUUCUUUAAGGCCUACGGAAUCGAUACCCAAUGCUGAGUCAGAAGAGCAGUUUGCUUCACCAAGAAGAGCCCCUAAGCCUCCAAACUAUCCAAGCCCUGUUUCGAAUAAUCCAACAAAGUUUGGUAUCAGGUCACCUGUUGAAGAAAGAUUUUCUACUAUUCCAAGACUAUCGCACUCUGGUCACAAAAGGAAUUCGUCAAUGGGAAAUGCAUCUUCCAUUUAUGUUGACACUUCUCCUCUAGGGCAUUCCAGAACAACAUCUGAUGCAUCCAACAUUGAUGCAGUUCGGUCCAACCACAGAAGAUAUUCUUCAAUAGUGUCUAAUGGCAACGAAAAGGAUAUUAGCUCGAGCCCAGCAUACUCAUCAACUGCAGCACAUCAAAAUGAAAUGACAACUCCGGUAAUACAACAACAAUCAACAAUUUCACCUAUUCCACCGCCUAAUUUUAACCGUUCAUCAAAUGAUAAUAGAAGAUCUGUAUCCGCUAAGGAAUUUGCACAGAUCAUCAAGUCUAAGGACGUCACCAAAAGAGUCCAUUCGGAUGCUGCAACAGCUGCUGCCUCUGCAGCAAUUGCUGCAUCCCCAUCGCAGAAGAAAUCGAAUGAUGUUUCAUCAACCGCUACCCCAGUUCCCUCAAAUGCUAAUAACAAAUCCACCUUCAGACAAAAAGUUGUCCGUCGGCCAAGUAAGAUGCAAACAUCUGCCUUUCAAGAAGGUAUUAGGCAAAUCACACCAGAUGAGGCAAAAAAAGAUGCUGACUAUUCCGGUUGGAUGUUUAAAAGAGGGAACUUGUCUAUUGGAUCUUGGAAACAUAGAUUUUUUACGCUUCAUAGAACCAGACUUUCUUAUUACACAAGUGCUAAAGACCUGAAGGAGAAAGGAUUGAUCGAUAUUACGUCCCACAAGGUUUUGCCUGCAAUUGAAGCUGAAGACAAGCUCAGUGCAGUCUAUGCGGCAACUGCAGGUUAUGGCAGAUAUUGUUUCAAGCUUGUUCCUCCAGCUCCUGGGUCACGAAAAGGCUUGACUUUUACCCAACAAAAGGUUCAUUAUUUUGCUGUUGAGACGAAAGAAGAAAUGAGAGCAUGGAUGUCAGCACUGAUGAAGGCAACCAUCGAACUGGAUGAGACGGUUCCCGCCAUUUCCUCAUGUGUUACCCCAACCAUCCCGUUGCAAAGAGCGCAAGAAAUGAUGGUUAUAGCGAGAGAAAAUGCUAGGGAGAAUUUUGACAAUCUUCAGAAAAUGAGAGAAGAACAGACCUAUAAAGAAGAUGAAUUCGGAAAUAGAGAAAGAUUUGAAGACCCACGUAAUACCUACAUAGGGUCCAGUCAAGAUGGGUCAUCAUACGAAGAAGAUGACGCAUCUCAAAUUGUGACAUCAAGAAUUCCAGGAAGUGCAACUCCUUCGAGUACGGACUCGUCUGUGAAAAAACCGAAAAGAAUUCCGUCCACAGCAAGUAAGCCUCAAUCUCCACUGAACGGUAUGUCCACUCCGUAUUUGAUGACAUCUGGCCUGAUCUCGCCAAAUAUAUCCGGCUCAACUCCCAGCUCAAAUGACACGCCAGCAAGAAUGGGUUCAACCAAAGUCCAUGUGCCAACUGUGACCAGAUUAGAUGAUGAAGUAAUACAGGCACCUUCUCCUCAUCCACUAACCAGUUCUAACUCGUUUUCAAGGCGCAUGCUUUCGUUGAGAAAGACUAGUAAAGAAAAGGAAAAAGAGUGACCGCAGCACAACUAAUGCAUUUUUUAUUUUGAAACAUCUUUCAAUUUCCAACAGUGUCAUCAUCGGGUAGAUGACUUACAUAGUAAAAUGUAUCCUUGUAAUAUUAUUUGUUUUGUUUCCGUUUUUUUUUUGUCCUAACUCUUCCCUAAUUCUGCUUUUCUUAAAUAUAGCUUUCUAUUAUAUAACCUACUGUAAGUGUUAUAACUGAUCCUAGUGC